UGUUUCCUCUCCCCCGAGUUCAUUCAGCUGUCUUCUACUGACAUUUGCAGGAGAAUCAACCUUGAUAUAGGACAUAAAGGUUAUUUGUUAUUGAGUCGGUUUGGGACCAUAGACCACAUAUCUUUCCUAAUGCAAGUGCGUUAAUGGUAGCGCUGUUAGGGAUGAGGUUUUUGGAAGGCUGAGGCGUUUCAUAUUAAGCAGGAAAACGAGGCAUAAAGGGCUGCACUCUCUUAUCGCUGAAUUGCAAAUACAAGGGCGCGCAAAUGAGGAAGAGAUUCCAGAGUUGCUUUUCUAUUCGUCAGCCAAUCGGGAGCAAGGCUGAAAGAAUCGCUGGCCUUCUGACACCUCAUUUCAACCAAUCAAAUAGCUAUGCGCGUUCCGUACGCGGUAAAUGUAAGCUACCAGGGGCCGAGAGUUCGUUUUUUCAAAAGGGGCGUAUUUUUCAAGCCAUUUUAAUUGGAACCCAACAUCCUGGUUCGAGCGACUGCAGGACGCAACAGUAAAAUAUUACACUGUGAAAUAUAGACGCAGUGUCACACUAAAUAAAAGCUAAAUUACAGAUGUGCAAUUCAAGCUGGAACGGACCGUUUGUUGGAAGUCAUAUCAAUGGAGGACUAACGUAACGUCGCUGGCUGCAGACUCGGACGCUGUCACUCUGGAUAUGACCGGCUUUCACGGUCGAACAUAGUUGCGCGGCCAAUCACACUUCACCACAAGCGUCUGCUCUCUCUUGUGAUUCUAGGAGACGAGGGAGCGAAUACCGAUGCGGAAGAUCCGAAGGAGAGGCGGGCCGGCCGGUAGUGGCGGCUUCGGCAGGGGUCGGGGGCGAGGCCGAGGGAGGGGGGGCCACCACUCUUACGAUGACCCCAACCUGCAGCUGCGCCCCCACUCCCCGUGCCGCCUGAACCUGUCGGUUACCCGGGAGACGCUGACGUACGCGCAGGCGCAGAAGAUGGUAGAGGUGGAGCUGGACGGGCGUCUCCACCGCAUCAACAUCUCCGACCCGCUGAGCGUCAUCACCGAGGACGAGAUGACCGCGCAGGACCUGGCCGAGUGCAACAGCAACAAGGAGAACAGCGAGCAGACGCCCGCGCACACACACACGCACACACACGCGGCUAGCCGCGCGAGGCCGGGACGCAAGGGCCGUCGGAGGGAGGGCAAGCAGACCGCGGCCGCCUCCUCCGCCCACACGUCCACCUCCAGCAGGGGCAUGAAGAAAGGCUCGGACGGCAGCACCAAUCGCACGCCGCCACACGCCCCUCUGCCCCGCCCCACCUUCUGCACGCUGGAGGCGUUCCUCCCCGAGGAGGCGGAGCCUCUGCCCGUGGCGUACUACCGCUACAUGGAGCGCUCGGGCGAGGACUCAGACACGCGCGCCGAGUACGACAUGGACGAGGAGGACAUGGCCUGGCUGGAGAUGGUCAACCAGAAGCGCGUGUCGGAUGGCGUGGCGUCGGUUUCGCCGGACACCUUCGAGCUGCUGAUCGACCGGCUGGAGCACGAGUCCGUGGUGGAGUCUCGGAGCCAGGCGCUGGCCCAGAGCGCGGUGGACGACGAGGACGCCUACUGCACCGUGUGCCUGGACGACGAGUGCCUCAACAGCAACGUGAUCCUGUUCUGCGACAUGUGCAACCUGGCCGUGCAUCAGGAGUGCUAUGGGGUUCCGUACGUGCCCGAGGGCCAGUGGCUGUGCCGGCGCUGCCUGCAGUCGCCCUCGCGGCCCGUCGACUGCGUGCUCUGCCCCAACCGCGGCGGCGCCUUCAAGCAGACCAGCGACGGACGCUGGGCGCACGUCAUCUGCGCCAUCUGGAUCCCAGAGGUCUGCUUCGCCAACACGGUGUUCCUGGAGCCCGUGGAGGGCACGGACAACAUCCCUGCCGCCCGCUGGAAGCUCACCUGCUACCUGUGCAAGCAGAAGGGCCGCGGGGCGUCCAUCCAGUGCCACAAGGCCAACUGCUACCGGGCGUUCCACGUGACCUGCGCGCAGGGCGCCGGGCUCUACAUGAAGAUCGACCCGGUGCGCGAGAACGCCUCCAACGGAACCACCUUCUCCGUGAAGAAGACGGCGUUCUGCGAGACGCACUCGCCCCCCCCCGGGGAGGACGAUGGGGAGGACGAGGGCAAGAUGGGGGGGCUGGGGGGCAGCAGGGGUCACCGGGGGCAGAGGGCGUACACUCUUGCCCCAGCAGCGCCGCAGACCCAGCGCGGGGGCAAGAAGGGGCAGAAGCAGAAGGGCAGGCGGAGCUCGGAGGGCAGGAGAGCCGCUGUACCUGUGCUGCUCGUACCUCAGAUCCCCUCAUACAGGCUGAAUAAGAUCUGCACAGGCGUGGCCGUCCAGAGGAAGAAUCAGUUCAUGCAGCGUCUCCAUAACUACUGGCUGCUCAAGCGCCACUCUCGCAACGGAGUCCCACUCAUCCGACGCCUCCACACACACCUGCAGAACCAGAGAGCCGCUGACCAGAGAGAGCCAGAUGAGAAGCUGCAGGCAGUGCGUGAGGAGCUGAAGUAUUGGCAGAAGCUGAGACAAGACCUGGAGAAAGCACGCCUACUGGUGGAGCUGAUACGCAAGAGGGAGAGACUGAAGAGGGAGCAGAUGAAGGUCCAGCAGGCGGCGCUAGAGCUGCAGCUGACCCCGGGGCUGGUGCUUUUGCGCUCCACACUGGACCAGCUGCAAGAGAAGGACUCGGCCGGCAUCUUCACCACACCGGUCAGCCUGAAGGAGGAGGUGCCGGACUACCUGGAGUUCGUGUCCGAGCCGAUGGACUUCAGCACCAUGCGGGCGAAGCUGGAGGCCCACGCGUACGCCGGCGUGGCCGACCUGGAGGCCGACUUCGGCCUGAUGGUGUCCAACUGCCUGCGCUACAACGACGACGACACCGUGUUCCACCGCACCGCGCUGCAGCUGGGCGAAGUGGGCGGGGCCAUCCUACGCCACGCCCAGCGCCAGGCCGUCGCCAUGGGGAUCGACCCGCACACGGGCAUGCACCUGCCAGAGCCCCCCCCUCAGAACACACACACACACACCUGCUGGGAGGAGGUGGACUCUCUGCUGGUCCCAGAGAACCGGUUGCACCUGAGCUCAGAGCAGCAGCUGCGCGCCCUGCUGGACAAGCUGGACGCGGUAAUGUCCAUGCGGACCAGCGGGGGGCGCACUAAGCGCAUCAGGCUGCUGCGUCGGGAGGUGAACAGCCUGCGCCACAAACUGAGCCACCGCCGCCGCCUCCCCACACCACUCUGCACCUCCCCCCUGAAGGAGGAGGACGAGGAGCAGGACCAGGAGCAGGAGCAGGAGGAGGCAGAGGCAGGGAGGGAGGCCAAGAGCAAAGAGGAGUACGCCACCAUACCAUCACAAACGCCAGAAAACCACAAACCUAAAACCCCUCCCCCUACAACGCCAUCAUGCCCCGCCUCCUCCCCCCUGCCUGGGGAUGCCCCUCCCCUAGCCCCUUCCCUGGGGCCGGAGAGUACGGGCACACACACGCCAGGCACGCACACUGGCACGCGCACGGCAGGGCGACCGGAGGGCACGGACACAGCAGGCACGCCCACGGGCACACACACCCAGGGCACGCGCCUGGCAGCGCGCUCGCGAGGCAGGGGUCGCAGGCGUGUAGAGGGCCAGGGGGUGGGGUCAGACAAGGCAGAGACCCCCCAAGCAGAGGUCGGGGAGACCCCAAACCUGCCCGAGGGGGGCGAGAAUGGACUGCCCUACUCGACUGUGCCAAGCGUUGCCACGGUGAUGGGAGUGGGCCGCCGCACGUCCGUCCUGUUUAAGAAGGCCAAGAACGGCGCGCGGCAGAGGAAGGCGGAGCCUGUGGGGCUGGUGAAUGGGGGCGGAGUGGAGAAGGGCCACAUGGAACACGCCCCUGAUCGGCCUGAACGCUUCCACUCAGAACCAGAACCCGUCUCUAAAGCAGAACCGCCCACAGAACCCGUCUCUAAAGCAGAACCGCCCACAGAACCCGUCUCUAAAGGAGACCCACCCACAGAACCCGUCUCUAAAGCAGAACCGCCCACAGAACCCGUCUCUAAAGCAGAACCGCCCACAGAACCCGUCCCCUCCUCACCCCGGCACCUGAGGUCCAGAGGGCCCAGCUCCGACUCCGAAAGCCAGAACACACACACACCUGUGCCAGCCCCUGCCCUGGCCCCACAGACCCACAUGCCAACCUUGGACACACACACACACACACACACACCCUUCAAAGACAGCGCCUUGACUAACGGGUGUAAGAAGCACAGAGACGACUCCCCCGACUCCCUGGAGAGUGGCACACACACUCAUGAAACCCACAGCUCGCCUCCUCCCAAACGCAGCCGAGGCAAGCCGGCCCUCUCCAAAGCACCUGCGGCAGAUCUGGAGAACGGGGACAUCGGCACAGGUGAGGGCUUGCUGGAGUCCCAUGAGGGAGAGGAGGAGGACCUGGCGCCCCUCCACCUGGUGUGGGCAAAGUGCAGAGGGUACCCCUCUUACCCCGCCAUGAUGGUGGACCCGUGCAUGCCGCGGGAGGGGCUGCUCCAUAACGGCGUGCCCAUCCCCGUGCCACCCAAAGAGGUGCUGAAACUGGGCGAGCAACGGCAGGCCGAGUGCGAAGAUAAACUCUUCCUCGUGCUCUUCUUCGACACCAAGAGGACCUGGCAGUGGCUUCCUCGGGACAAGCUGCACCGCCUGGGCCUGGACGACGCGGUGGACAAGCUGCGGCUGGUGGAGGGGAAGAAGCCCAACGUGCGCAAGUCUGUGCACACGGCCUACAGCCGGGCCAUCGCCCACCUCAGCCACGUCAGGGGCAACGCCAACUUCAGCCCCUCCAGCUACAUCUAGCCCACCACAGGGUCCCCCAGGGAACUGCCACUCUACACACUCACAGGGUCCCCCAGGGCACUGCCACUCUACACUCACCGGCGCCACAACGCCAUGGGGCACUGACCUGCCCAAGGGAACAAAGCCACUAAUCCGCUGAUCAACUGUGUGUGUGUGUGUGUGUGUGUGUGUGUGUGUGUGUGUGUCUAGAAUAUCUGGUAGUGAGAAUGCAUCAGUGGAGCAUCUCUAUGACGACUAUAAGCUCACUUGUUGGGAGCUGUGUGUGUGUGUUAACCGCUGCCCCAAAAUUGCCUAUGUAGCAGCAGGGGUGUGUGUGUGUGUGUGUGUGUGUGUAGCUAUGGUGUGUGUUCCCUGCAUCCCCAGAAUGGUGUGUGUGCACAGCGUGCGUUCUCCUCUAGAAUGUAAGAACUCAGAGACGGAGAUUUUCCGAGUGAAAUCCAGAUGCGAGGGACUCAGUCCACUCAGAGGAAACACUGACCAAUGGCAGUCCAUGUGACGCUUGAGAGGAACGAGUGACUAGAAGAAUAAAUAAAUAAACAACUAAAUAAGCUAAAGGACCCAAACCACAGGUGAGGUGGAGCGUCUCCACACAGCGCAACCACAGGUGAGGUGGAGCGUCACCACAGCGCAACCACAGGUGAGGUGGAGCGUCUCCACACAGCGCAACCACAGGUGAGAUGGAGCGUCUCCACACAGCGCAACCACAGGUGAGGUGGAGCGCAACCACAGGUGAGGUGGAGCGUCACCACAGGUGAGGUGGAGCAACUUAAAGGCCAGAGACGUUCCAACAGCGGCGACACACCGUCACGCCGGAUCUCUCUGGAACCAUAGGGUAGAACGGUUCUGCCCAUUUUAAAAGACUUUGAACCGACCUGUCAUGGAACGACAGGUGUAUAUAUAUUUCCUUCUAAUUUAUGGGCCGACCGACCUUGGAGCGUGUUUUAGAUUGUAUUUGUUCUUUAAAUACUGCAGUACUUGCCAUCUGUACAUGUUCGUCUUCACAUGUUAAACAAUUAUGUUUCCUAUAUUGUUUUUUUAUGGAUUGUACAUGAACUGCUGUGCUUGUGCUAAGUUAUGUUGACACAAAGUGUCACUUGUGAAUGUUCUCAAGAUCACAACAAAUCUUCAGUUCUCAUAUUGACCGGGUAACGCCCCUUAAAUACAGAGUUAGAGUCUUUACUACAGGGGGGCCACUGCGUAAAGAUAGUUAAUGACUUAACUAGUCGGGGACAUCACUUUAAAGAUAGUUAAUGACUUAACUAGUCGGGGGACAUCACUUUAAAGAUAGUCAGUGACUUAACUAGUCGGGGGACAUCACUUUAAAGAUAGUCAGUGACUUAACUAGUGAGGGACAUCAUCUUAAAGUUAAGAGUCAAUAACUUAUUUGCCAUCUACCCUAAAGAUAGACAAGAGGAUAUACAGUAUAUCCUUCUCUUCUCUGUGAGUGCAAUAACCAGUUAGCCUACAGUUAGCCUAUGGCUGAAAGGCUACCUGGCCUAACCCACUUCCAGUGAGUUAUGCUACGCUAUGCUAAUAGUGUCAGACUGAGUUAUUGCGCUCACAAAGAAGAGAAGGAUAUGUGUCCUCUAACUCUAGGGUAGACUGCACAUAAGCUCAUUUCCCAAAAGGUGGCGUCCUUUACUGUAGAGGGAACCUCGUCUUCAGUGACUCCCAAAAGGUGACGUGCUCCUUUACUGUAGUCUUUAGUGACUGGCCGACUCUCAUUCUCCCAAUCCACCUCUUCACUUGAGGGUUCUCUCCACAGCCUCUCCUCUCCCAAAAUAUGGAGUCUGCACAUGUGGUUGCACGACAGGGAUAGGAUGAGUUUCUGAAACUGAUUGGUUGGACGCUCGUACUCCGUUACUAUUUUUGUUUUUGGCCCCCGACACCCCGCUCUCUGCUGAAAGCUUUUGAAAUGUGUGUACUUUGUAGUGUGUGACAAAGAUGUCCUGCACUGAAACCAUUGAGGCUACCUUUACGUCUGAGACACACACACACACACACAGCAGCAACAGAGCAUCUCCUUGCGUCCAGAGACGGACCUCUUUGUUUAGAAGUCAUCUUGAUCUCAUACCUUUGCCAGGAAGAAAUUGGUCAAAUCACAGACGAUGACUGGAGUUUUUGAAGUUUACGUGGGUGUGUACGACUGCAUUUAUAUAUACUAUAUGAAGGUUAUGCAUGUGUCCAGAGAACUCAGCCCCCUUGUACAUGUGUAUUUUUAAAAACCAGUGUAAAUGAAGUAAUGCAAAAAACCUGUACGAUUUGAUUUGUAUUUAAAGUGUGUGGCCCCUGCUAUGAUGUUAUUUAAGAGUCCUAGAGAGAUGAAAGCAGUCUGUGAUGUUUUGUAAGGUGUGAAGCGCUGAAGCGCUGCCUUUAGUGAGCCCGUGCCGCACACACACACACAC